CCCCCCCAAAAGCUCACAAAUCUCCCAGAUCUCAGCCCUACCCCGUACUUCUGCUUACCAUCCACGGGUUGGCCCAGAAUGAGUGGUCCCGGCGAUGAGCGAUGGCGCGGAGGUCGCCCAUAUGACCAGAACCGCCACUCGGCCCAAAGACACUCCAACUCCCGCACAAUGAGCGCGCACGGUGGAUCUCGGGGAGGACAGAAUAACUGGGGAGAUUCGCGUGAUCAGUUCGCUUCCGGGCCGCAGCAGGAGCAGCAUGUCCCCGUGCGAGGCUUCAAUGCCGCGGAGUCCAAAGGAGCUCUUAAGAAAGGACCCGGAGAACCCAGACCGUAUUACUAUAAACCACAGGGGAAAGACGUGAACAGUCGCACUAGCGGACCCUGGGGCGCAAAACCCAAUCAGAUGGCGAACGGGAAGGAUUUCUUCCUCGAGCUCCGGAAGCAAGUAACGGCCUUGCAACAGGGGGGUGCUGUUCCAGGUGGUUGACACAACCGCCCUGGUAAUCUGUACAAAGUCAGUCGAUGCUGGAACUGAACCUGGGCGGUGGCGUCCUAGGCAAAGUUUAACGGUAUCUCAGGAGCCUGAUAUGCCUGUCGCGGCUGGGCUGAGAAGAUGGAGUAUAUCUCUGGUGACAGGCUGAUAAGCUGUCACGUCUGGAUACUGGAUUGGAAGGAGGUCCGGCGCAGAUACUCGUCACAGACGAAUGGUGCGGUUCUGAGAAAUCAGAUGGCAUCAUGUCUAUGUAGGGUAACACCCCCAGCUUGACUUAAUAGUUAUGACACGGAAUGAGAUGUACAUGAUGGUGCGGAUUCUGUACAGUUGUUAUCUGGCCCAAUCAUGGUGGUGAUACAUACAUAAUACUAUAUACAAUUAGAAG